UUUGAGCGCAUUCCCGGAGGAUGUAAACCGACACGAAGUGACAUCCCGCUCGGUAACCAAGCUGAGAUGUGACCGCGGUCUGCAAAAGGCGACACUUGGAGAGCGCCAGCUCCUGCCUGGCCCCGGACACUCGGACAGGUCCGGGCUGGGGACUGGGGAAGGGCGAUGCUGCGGGGAGCGCUCCCCCGCGGGGCUGGAAUCGCGCUCCGUCCCUUCCCGGGCGGCCCCCGCUCGGUCCCGGCGCGGCGGGACGGCCGCUCCCUCCGGGCCCCGGCAGCGGCGAGCCGGGAGGCGAGAGGCGAGGCCCCGGCAGCCGGCGGGUGAGUAGCCGGGACAGCCGGAGCCGCCGCGGGCGCGCCGAGGGCGGCGGGCAGAGAUGCCCCCGCGGGCGGCCGCUCCCGCAGCUCCCGCAGCCCCGGGGGGUCCCGCCCGCAGCAGCGGCCCGGGGGGCUCGGGGCAGCGGGGCCGGCCCCUGCGCCCGGGCAGCGCCCCCGAUGGGGAGCGCGGCGCUGGGGGGCGGCCCGUGGGCGCUGCGGGCACUCACCGGGUGCCUGCUGGGCGCCCUGGUGCUGAGCACGCUGCUGGGCAAUGCGCUCGUGUGCCUCGCCGUCCUGCGCUUCCGCCACCUCCGCAACAAGGUCACCAACUGGUUCGUGCUGUCACUGGCCAUCUCGGACCUCUGCGUGGCCCUUUUGGUGAUGCCGUGGAAGGCGGUCACUGAGGUGGCUGGAGGCUCCUGGCUCUUUGGCAGCCACUUUUGUGACACUUGGGUGGCCUUCGACAUCAUGUGCUCCACGGCCUCCAUCCUGCACCUGUGCAUCAUCAGCCUGGACCGGUACUGGGCCAUCGCCAGCCCCUUUCGCUAUGAGCGCAGGAUGACGCAGCGCCUUGCUUGUACCAUGAUAGCCGUGGCCUGGGCUCUCUCCAUCCUCAUCUCCUUCAUCCCCGUGCAGCUACACUGGCAUCAAGCCAAGGACAGUAGAGAUCCAGGCUCCUGGCUCCCUGGGACAGCCCGCUGUGAUGUCAGGUUGAACCGCACUUAUGCCAUCACCUCCUCCCUUAUCAGCUUCUACAUCCCCGUGGCCAUAAUGAUCAUCACCUAUACCAGGAUCUACAGGAUUGCCCAGGCCCAGAUCCGCCGCAUCUCCACCCUUGAGAGAGCAGGGGGGCAGUGGCCAGCUCCUGGCAAAGAGCCCUCCUCCUCUUUGCGGAGUUCCUUGCACAAGGAGACCAGGGUGCUGCAGACCCUUUCUAUCAUAAUGGGAGUCUUUGUUUGCUGCUGGCUGCCCUUCUUCCUGCUGAACUGCCUGCUGCCUUUCUGCCAGCCCAGCCUGGAGGAGGACCCUGAAGGGCAGUCACUCUGUAUUGGCCAAACCACCUUCAACGUCUUUGUGUGGUUUGGCUGGGCCAAUUCUUCGGUGAAUCCAGUCAUCUAUGCUUUCAAUGCAGACUUCAGGAGGGCUUUCAGCAAUCUCUUGGGCUGCCGGUGCUGCUGCUGUGGCACACCCCAAUCCCCUGUGGAGAGGGUCAACUUCAGCAAUGAGCUGGUUUCCUAUCACCGUGACACCACCUGCCAGAAGGAAGGAGCUGUCCCAUCGCCAGUGCCUCCUGCUGCCACCACUGCCUGGGUGCAGCCCGUGCCCCAUGCCAUAAACCUCCAGGGAGAGCACAGCAGUGAGGAGAUGACUGUGGAGAAGAGGGCUGUGACUUCUCAGACACAGACUGCCCUCGGCAGCAGCCCCAGCAGUUGUCAAGUGCCAGCUGUUCUGCAGUUGGAUUGCAAGGCAAAGCCAUCCCUGUAAACUGCUGCCCCCGAACAGGACUUGGUCGGUGUGAGGAACCCCACUGCCUUGUCUCAGAGGGAUGAGUGAUUAAUCUUCUCAUGCACACAGCCACCACACAGGGAGAGUUCUCCCUGUCUCCAUGUAAGCUCCCCAUGCCAGAGGGAUGGAAAACCCUGCUCUUACCACACAGGGGUGAUAGACAUAUGGAGUCCAUUCCUAAGGCACAUAGCAGCCCCACAUUUACCUCUUCCCAUGGCCACCAUCACCCCUUACUCACAUUCAUUAGACGUCUCUCAGGCAUUUAUUCACCCCCAUUCUACGGUCAGAUUUGAGGUAUAUAUUAAGAACAGUGAGAUGAUUAGAUCAAAGUAAAAAACCCUCAUAGUUCAGGCAGCCAAUCCCUUCAGAAAGUAGAAAUAUAAUAUGAUCCACAAAAUAAAGAGUGACUACAUCAUCUCUGUCAACCCAUUUCACUACUUGCAAAUAAGAAGAUAAACAAAAGGCUGAGCAAAUAGAUGUUGGAUGGCUUGCAGGAGAGAGAAUACUGUGAAAACUAUGAUUGUUUCUAUCUGUAUAGAAGGGUUCAGCAGACAUUAAGGCAAUACAGUGGCAUCUCAUUGCCCUCUGUUUCUCUGUCCACUACUUAAAGGUUCUGCUGCUGGCCAUUUAAUACUGUUCUCCACUCACCACCAUCCUUCUCCCAUUUUUUCUGUCCCCCACCUAUGAUGGAUUUGCUUUGAUUUAUCUCAGGAAGAUGAUGAAGAUGCAAUUGUCCAGAAAGAGACAUAAAGAAUGCUUACACUGCAAGAGCUUUCUUGGGCAUUGUCUCAUAAAUGGUAGAGAUUAUAUUCUUCAGAACAGUGAUCUGUGCUGAAAGGACAGCAGCAGAAAAGAGACUCUGCUCCCUGUGAUUUUAAACCAUGUGUGGUUCUUAAAUUCCUGUAUGCAUUUUCCCCCUCAUUAGGGAAAAUAUGCUCGUGCUACCCUGCUCUUCUCAGGAGUGUGUCCUUGGGGAAUACUUGGGUGUGACUGCAAUCUGUUCUUCAUGGGCUACAGUGGCAGGACAAGAGGUAAUAGACCUCUUGUAAGGUAAGGAAGGUAAGGAAGACCAAGGCGAGAAUUUGUAAAAACUCUCUAAGAAUAAGUAUAAUUAAGCACUGGAGUAGAUUGCCUAGGUAAAUUAUGACAUCUCUCUGAGUAAAAUGACUGUAAGCUUCUGUCAGAUAUGACAGUGACAAUGUUGAUCCUGCCUUGGGGCAGAGGCAGAGGGUAAUGGUCUCUUGAGAUCAUCUCUAGUCCUGCCUCACUAUGACAAUGUGUCUCGUAGGAAGCAUUCAGCUUAAGGUGUUUGGCUGUGGGGUCUUUUGCAUGCAAUCAUCCUUAGAUGUUUUCUCAAAGGCAAAAAAGAUACAGAUAAGAACUUUGAGAUGCCAUUGCUAUACUUCCUUUCUUUUAGUGAUUAUCCACGUUUCUGAGCAUUUAACAACUAUUAUUCAGGAUGCCUAGUGCCUCCUCUGGAGAGCAGCCCUGAAAUAAACCUGGUGCUGCCUUAAAAAAGUUACAAGGUGUUUUUUUGUUUUGAUUCCCAUUGAUUAGUUUCUAGAUUAUCAUACAUGAACUGUACAUGGAUUCAGGUUUUAAUUAUUCAAUUUGUAUUUUCCUUGAUAUAUUUCUUUCUUACACAAACCAGAAACACUUAAGAAUGUCAGAGUCUAACUCCUUAAAAAAACCACCAACCAACCAACCAACCAAAUUUAUAUAUUCAAGCUCUAAGAGACAUCUCAUUCCAUGCUCUCCACACUAAAACCCAUCCCGGGGAGAUACUGAUAAACCUGACAAAAACUACCCUGAAGUGUGACUUCCCAGCUGCCUGCUACCCUCCUGUUUCUGUUGCACGACCUUCAGCUGGCUCCAUCCCUCAGAGAGGAACUGUCCCUGCCCUCACACCUCCCAGCUCAUGGGCAGGCACUCCUCUGGCAGUCGAGGCCACACAUUAAAUUAUUAUGCACAGGAGAUUUUUUUUUUUAGUAUAUGUACAGUCUCAUUAUUAGUGAUAAAAGAUGUUAAUUAAUAGAAGAGAAAGAUUUACCUUCUCCCAGUGUUUGCCCUGCUAUGGGAGCUGUCUCACCCAAG